GACGUGUCCAAAGUCCGCAAGACGAAGUCUCACCAUCCUCACUUCUAAGGAGCAUUCCGGCUGUACUUCUUCCAGGACAGAUUGGUUCCUUCUGGAAGUCCAUGGUAUGUCCGGCAUUCUUCGCCAACACCAAUUCAAAUGCUUAUAUUUAGUUGCUGAAAAAAAUGCUAUUGAAAAUGACUUCAAAGUUCAAGUCAAUGGAAUGUUGGGGACAUGUUUGCUUACUAUUGCGUAUGCGGAGCCCUGGUGGCGCAGUGGUUAAGAGCUCGGCUGCUAACAGAAAGAUCGGCGGUUGGAAUCCACCAUCUGCUCCUUGGAAACCCUACGGGGCAGUUCUGCUCUGUCCUGUUGGGUCACUAUGAGUCAGAGUUGACUCGAUGGCAAUUUUUUUUUUUUUUUUUAAUUAUUGCAUAUGCAUGUGAAAGCUGGACAAUGAAAAAGAAAGACUGCAGAAGUGUUGGCAAAGAAUAGUGACUAUACCGUGGACUGCCAAAAGAACGAACAAAUCUGUCUUGGAAGGAGUACAGCCAGAAUGCUCCUUAGUGGCAAGGAUGGUGAGACUUUGUCCAUCAUACUUUGGACAUGUUAAUAGGAGGGACCAGUCCUUGGAGAAGGACAUAAUGCUUGGUAAAGUAGAGGGUUGGGGAAAAAGAGGAAGACCCUCAACGAGAUGGAUUGACACAGUGGCUGCAACAAUGGGCUCACACAUAGCAACGCUUGUGAGAACGGCACAGGACCGGGCAGUGUUUCGCUCUGUUGUCCAUAGGGUCGCCAUGAGUCGGAUCCAACUCAACGGCAAUGAAGAGUAAGAUUGAAAGCAAAGGAGAGAAUCCCUUCGCACAGCUUUCCAAAGAGCCCUGAGCCGUGAAACUCAGCCCACCCCUCCCUCCUUCUCUCUGCAUUCCAAGAUGCCCAGUCCAAUCCAUAAAGUGAUUAAUCAAUUCUAAUGAUGGAAUGACCUGCAUUGGGCUCACUGCGGGGCAGCAGCACUCAGCAGUUGCCUGGUGCCCAGCCUGCUCACAGAGGGACCACCAACCCCAAGUCUGGUGCUGAGAGAAUGGACUGUUCAGAGGACCGUGCCUACCGCCUCCUGAACGAGUAUUCCAACGGCUUCAUGAUCUCCCAGGUCCUCUUCACUGCCUGUGAGCUGGGAGUGUUCGACCUCCUUGCCGAGGCCCCAGAGCCUCUGGGCUCAGCUGUGGUUGCCGCUCGUCUGGGCACCAGCCCCCGCGGGACGGAGCUUCUCCUGGACGCCUGUGCAUCCCUGGAGCUGCUGACAGUGGAGACGAGAGGAGAAAGAGCUGUCUGUCAGAACACGGAGCUCUCCAGAACCUUCCUCGCCAGGGCCAGCCCCAAGUCUCAGCACAACAUGCAGCUCUACCUGUCCAGGACAACCUACCUGUGUUGGGGCCACCUGGCUGCAGCUGUGAGAGAGGGCAAGAACCAGUACACGAAGGCGUUCGGUGUUCCCUCCAACGAGCUCUUCACGGCCAUCUACAGGUCCGAGGCCGAGCAGCUGCAGUUCAUGCGAGGCCUGCAGGAGGCAUGGAGCGUCCAUGGGGGAGCCGUGAUGGCCGCCUUUGACCUAUCACCCUUCCCGCUCAUCUGUGACCUUGGAGGCGGUUCCGGGGCGCUGGCCAGGGAGUGUGUUUCCCUGUACCCUGAAUGCAGGGUCAUCGUGUUUGACGUGUCGGAGGUGGUACGGAUGGCAAAGAAGCACUUCUCAUUCCCAGGGGAGGAGCAGGUCAGCUUCCGAGAAGGAGAUUUCUUUAAAGACCCUCUUCCAGAGGCGGAUUUGUACAUCCUGGCGAGGGUCCUGCAUGACUGGACGGAUGAGAAGUGCUCACACCUGCUGGCACGGAUCCACCACACCUGCAAGCCAGGCGGUGGCAUCCUGGUGGUUGAAAGCCUCCUGGACGAGGACAGGCGAGGGCCCCUGACCACCCAGCUCUAUUCUCUGAACAUGCUCGUGCAGACCGAGGGCCGGGAGAGGACCCCAGCCGAGUACAGCACCCUCGUCUCCUCGGCCAGCUUCUGGGGCUUCCAGUUCAAGAAAACAGGGAAAAUUUACGAUGUUAUUUUAGUCAGGAAAUGACUCCACUCGCUGUGUCAACCAGGAUUCUCCAGAGAGGCGGAACUGUAGGAUGGCUGUCCGUCUGUCUGUCCAUUCAUCCAUCAGUUUACCAUCCAUCUGUUUAUCAUCUACCUGUCUGUCCAUCAUCCAUCUGUCCACCCACCCACCCACCCAUCUAUCAUUUAUCUAUUUCCUAUCACUUAUUUUUUGUCUAUUAUCUGUCAUUAUCUGUCUACUCUUUUAUCUAUCUGUAUCAUCUGUCAUCCAUCCAUCAUCUAUCAUAUAUCGUUUUGUCACCUGUCUGUCUUCUGUCUUGUCUCUCUGUACAUAUCUGUGUACGUGUACGUGUGUGUAUGUAUCUAUCUAUCAUCCAUGUUUACGCCUACGCCUGUAUCUAUCCCUCCUCUAUCUCCACCUCCACCCCAGACAUAUCUGUAUCAUCUCUGUUUCACAGUUGGGUUGGAUGUCACAGAUUGAAUUCUGUCCUCCAGGAAGAUAUUGUGGCAUCGAUGAAGCAAGCAGGCGAUGUCGUUAAUAUUAUUGGAACCAAUCCUUUAUGUGGCAGGUUUGGGAACAGGAUUUUUGUUUUGUUAUCCGUUAAGCUGAAAGAGACUGUAGCAGAGUAGAUGGGUGCUAACCCGAUCCCCACUGAGUGGUAUCUUACCAACGGGGAGAGCAGACGACUAGAUGGGUGCUAACCCGAUCCCCACUGAGUGGUAUCUUACCAAAGGGGAGAGCAGACGAGUAGAUGGGUGCUAACCCGAUCCCCACUGAGUGGUAUCUUACCAAAGGGGAGAGCAGACGACUAGAUGGGUGCUAACCCGAUCCCCACUGAGUGGUAUCUUACCAAAGGGGAGAGCAGACGACUAGAUGGGUGCUAACCCGAUCCCCACUGAGUGGUAUCUUACCAAAGGGGAGAGCAGACGACUAGAUGGGUGCUAACCCAAUCCCCACUGAGUGAUAUCUUACCAAAGGGGAGAGCAGGUGACUAGAUGGGUGCUAACCCGAUCCCCACUGAGUGGUAUCUUACCAAAGGGGAGAGCAGGCCACUAGAUGGGUGCUAACCCGAUCCCCACUGAGUGGUAUCUUACCAACGGGGAGAGCAGACGACUAGAUGGGUGCUAACCCGAUCCCCACUGAGUGGUAUCUUACCAAAGGGGAGAGCAGGUGACUAGAUGGGUGCUAACCGAUCCCCACUGAGUGGUAUCUUACCAAAGGGGAGAGCAGGUGACUAAAUGGGUGCUAACCCGAUCCCCACUGAGUGGUAUCUUACCAAAGGGGAGAGCAGACGACUAGAUGGGUGCUAACCCGAUCCCCACUGAGUGGUAUCUUACCAAAGGGGAGAGCAGACGAGUAGAUGGGUGCUAACCCGAUCCCCACUGAGUGGUAUCUUACCAAAGGGGAGAGCAGACGACUAGAUGGGUGCUAACCCGAUCCCCACUGAGUGGUAUCUUACCAAAGGGGAGAGCAGACGACUAGAUGGGUGCUAACCCGAUCCCCACUGAGUGGUAUCUUACCAAAGGGGAGAGCAGACGACUAGAUGGGUGCUAACCCGAUCCCCACUGAGUGGUAUCUUACCAAAGGGGAGAGCAGACGAGUAGAUGGGUGCUAACCCGAUCCCCACUGAGUGGUAUCUUACCAAAGGGGAGAGCAGACGACUAGAUGGGUGCUAACCCGAUCCCCACUGAGUGGUAUCUUACCAAAGGGGAGAGCAGACGAGUAGAUGGGUGCUAACCCGAUCCCCACUGAGUGGUAUCUUACCAAAGGGGAGAGAAGACAACUAGAUGGGUGCUAACCCGAUCCCCACUGAGUGGUAUCUUACCAAAGGGGAGAGCAGACGACUAGAUGGGUGCUAACCCGAUCCCCACUGAGUGGUAUCUUACCAAAGGGGAGAGAAGACAACUAGAUGGGUGCUAACCCGAUCCCCACUGAGUGGUAUCUUACCAAAGGGGAGAGCAGACGACUAGAUGGGUGCUAACCGAUCCCCACUGAGUGGUAUCUUACCAAAGGGGAGAGCAGACGACUAGAUGGGUGCUAACCCGAUCCCCACUGAGUGGUAUCUUACCAAAGGGGAGAGCAGGCCACUAGAUGGGUGCUAACCUGAUCCCCACUGAGUGGUAUCUUACCAACGGGGAGAGCAGAUGACUAGAUGGGUGCUAACCCGAUCCCCACUGAGUGGUAUCUUACCAAAGGGGAGAGCAGACGAGUAGAUGGGUGCUAACCUGAUCCCCACUGAGUGGUAUCUUACCAAAGGGGACAGCAGACGCAGGGUUGGGUCACUCCGGGGAAGCCAGUGCCCACGUUGGGUCACACCGGGGAAGCCAGUGCCCACGUGAAGACGUAUGCACAAGCCUACGAUCCUUGAGAAUUGUCGCUAGUCACGGGAAGCUUGGAGAGAGGCAGGAACAGAUUCCCCUCAGGGACUCAGAAGGCAUCAGCCUGGCCCUUCCCCUGAACCUGGCCUUCCAGCCUCCAGAACUUGAGAGACAAUAACAUUCCGUUGUUUAAAGCCAUUGGCCUUGUGCUAUUUUUUUAUGGCUGCCCCAGGAUGCUAAGACGUCCUUCCUUUCUGGGGCUUUUCCGAUGUGGCAGUGAGGGUUUCCACUUCUUAUUUUCCUCUUGUAUACACUUCAGAAAACUGGAAUUUGGUGCCAUCUUUCCUCUCGGUCUGAUCAUUUCUUUCCCACUGGAAGGCGAGAAGACAAAACAGAAUGGGAUCGUUAUUACACCACGGGAGGUAAGAAACGGCGGUUGUUGUUUGUCGUUAGCAGCCAUCUGGUCGCCCGACGCAUGGCGCCUCCGUAUCUGUCCGAAUAGAAGUGUGCCCCACGGGGUUUUCAAUGGCUGGUUUUUCAGAAGUAGAUCACGAGGCCUUUCUUCCGAGGCACCCCGGAUGGACUAGAAACUCCGACCUUUAGGCUAGCAGCUGAGCGCGUUCACUGUUGGCACCACCCAGGGCCUCCUUUCUGAAUUUUGUGAGCUCCUGACUCUCAACCUGCGGCAUCUGGGCCCAAACGCCAAGACACCUGAAACUCCUCGAAAACCAAACCAAAACAGUUGUAGUCCAGUUGACCCCAACUCAUGGUGCCCCAGGAGCCCUGGAGUCGCAGUGGUUAAAGCUCUCUGCUGCUAGCCGAAAGGCCGGUAGUUGAAACCACUAGCCGCUCCGUGGGAGAAAGAUGUGGCGAUCUGCUUCCAUAAAGAUUCCAGCCUUGGAGACCCUAGGGGGCAGUUCUCCUUUGUCCUAGAGGGUUGCUGUGAGUCAGAAUCGACUCAACGGCAGUGGGUUUGCUUUGGUUUUGGUCAUGGGACCCCCAUGUGUGUCAGGGUACAACUGUGCUCCGCAGGGUUUUCAAAGCCUGGUUUGUCGGAAGUAGGUUGCCAGGCCUUUCCUUCUAGGAGCCUCUAGAUGGAUUUGAAUAUCAACCUUUCGGCUUGUAGUUGAGUGCUUAAUCACUUGUUCCACUCAGGGCCUUCAGGAAAUGGUGCCCCCAUCUCAGACUUGAAGUUUAAGCAAGCACUAAGGCUGUCUGUUUCUUUUGCGACGUGCAGCCCGUUGAAGAGGCAUCUGUCGCGGAAGAGAGAGAGCGGGGAGAAGGUGCAGAAUUCCAUGACACCUUUUAAAAUUAGAUGAAGCAGGAGGGAAGGAGAAUAUGGGGCAUCUGGGUGUCUCUCGAGUUCUCGGAAACCAGGCAGCCUCAUUUUAAAGUGUCCUGUCAAAGUUGGGGAAUGACUAACACGGGUUUGUGAUGGUCGGGGAAUGGACGAGCUGGUCACGCCUGAGGGAGUGUGUUCAACUGCCAGUCUGUGGGGCCCCAACUUGAGCUAGGUCAUAGUGGGUCACUGUCCUUGGGGUGACCUAGGCCCACUGCUGUGAGUGGGGUCCCUGUCCUUCGGGGUCUCAUGGGCUCACUGCUGAGAAUGGGGUCCCUGUCCUUGGGGGUCUCAUGGCUCACUGCUGAGAAUGGGGUCCCUGUCUCUGGGGGUAUCCUGCUGAGAAUGGGGUCCCUGUCCUUGGGGGUCUCAUGGGCUCACUGCUGAGAAUGGGGUCCCUGUCCCUGGGGGUGCUCUGGGCUCCCUGCUGAGAAUGGGGUCCCUGUCCUUGGGGGUGCUCUGGGCUCACCGCUGAGAAUGGGGUCCCCGUCCUUGGGGGUCUCCUGGGCUCACUGCAGAGAAUGGGGUCCCUGUAGUGGGCUUUCAAAGGUGCGUGGGCAGCUCAUUGUGGGGGACCUCAACUUAUUGGGGAAUAAAGAUUAUUUUUGAUAAAUCCCCACUCCAGCAAUGUCCUGCCAAAUCGCCCUCCCUCAGGGGGACGAAGCCUUGUUUGAUGCCGGACUUCUCCAGCCCCAUGGAGAUCCGUCUGUGCUUGCCCGCCUGCCUGCCUGCGUGUGCGCAUUUAUCUGCCAGCCAUCUGUUACGUACCUAUCUCAUCUCUCUAUUUAAUCUGUCUGUGUACCUGGCAGGAGGCCUGGUGGCACAGUGGUUAAGAGCUCGGCUGCUAACCAAAAGAUAGGCUGUUCAAAUCCACCAGCUGCUCCUUGGAAACCCUGUGGGGCAGUUCUCUGUCCUAUGGGUUCGCUAUGAGUUGGAAUCGACUAGAUGGCUCCUAAAAACAUCUACCUGUCUGUCUGUCUACCUGUCUGUCUAUUUGUCUGUCUACCUACCCUACCUACCUGUCAUCUAUCUAUCUUUGGCAGUGGUUCUUAACUGGGGGUGAUUCUGUCCCCCAGGGGACACUUGGCCAUGUCUGCAGACACUUGUGGUUGUCAGAACCAGGGCAGGGGGUUUCUAUUGCCAUCGAGUGGGUGGAGACCAGGCAUGCUGCUCAGUACCCUGCAGCGCACAGGACGGCCCCCACCACAGACGAUGAACCAGAGCCAAGUGUCUGUGGUUCCGAGGCUGAGAGACCCGGGGUGAAGCCAGGAGCACGUAGACUUCACUGGUCAUGUUCUCUGCAGUGACAAACUCAGCUUCGAGGGCUGAGUACCUUGAUGAAAAGGUCUCCCGGUGCAAUGGCAGGAGAGUGUGGACGGUGGCCCGGGAAGGGUCUGCUUCUCCACCUGGGGGCAGGGACAUGAGAAGGUAUUUGAAAGACCUUCUUCAUUUUUUUUUUUUUUUUAAAUAAUACCUAAUUGUGUUUUAGGAGAAAGUUUACACAGCAAAUCAGGUUCCCAAGUACAGUUUUUAUAGAGAUUGUUCCAUGACUUUGGUUAUACUUUUCACACUGUGUUAGCGUUCUCCUUAUUUCUAUUCUCGUUGUUCUGUUUCCAUCAAUCUAGCUUCCCUGCCCCUUACCCCUUACCCCUUACCUUCUCGUCUGUGCUUGAGGGUAAACGUGGACUGUUUGGUCUCGUAUAGUUGAUUAUUUAAGGGAGCAUGUUACUCACGGAUGGUAUUGUUUAUUUUAUAAGCCAACCUAUUAUUUGGAUAAAAUGAGAUCUCUGGGAGCGGCUUCAAUUCCAAGUUUAAAGGGUGUCUCAGGGCGAUAGUCUCAGGGGUUCCUCUAGUCUCUAUCGGUUCAGUAAGUCUGGCCUUUUUUAGGAACUUGAGUUUUGUUCCACAUUUUUCUCCCAUUUUAUCCAGGACCUUCUAUUGUGUACCUGGUCUGAACAGUUGGUAGUGGUAGCAGGGCACCGUCUAGUUCUUCUGGUCUCAGGCUAGAUGAGACCAUGGUUCAAGGCCUUCUUUAUUUAAAAAAAAAUUAUUUUAUUUUAUUUUUGGUAAAAACGCAGAGCAAAACACACACAACACAGAUGUUGAGAAGAGACAAGGACAUUCCUGCAGAGCCAACAGAGAGAGAUAAGCCUUCCCCUAGAGCCAGUGCCCUGAAUUUGAACUUGUAGCCUCCUAGACUGUGAGAGCAUAAAUUUCUGUUUGUUAAAGCCACCUGCUUGUGGUAUUUCUGUUAUAGCAGCACUAGGUGAGUAAGACAUAGGCAGAGAUCGGAGCGAUGCUGCAGAAGUGAAGCCAAAGAACUCCAGAGGUGGCCGGCAACACCAGAAGCCAGGAGGGAGGCCAGAGAGUGCAGUACGUCCUCACCCAGGUGGUCCCUGUGGAUGGAGCAGGUGGGAGGCUGUGCUUGGGCGCAGUCCCCAGGCGGCUCUGCAGGGGGCACUCCUGCUCCACGCGCCCUUCUACUGAGGCUCGAAAAAGCAGCCCCUUCGCAGAAAGCAGAAAUCUUAGCCUGGGUUUUCAAAAAAAAAAACCAGAUGUUGUCUUAAUGAGACCGUUUUGGCAGACUCCCCGCCCUUCUAAUUAAGAUACAAUUUUAAAAUAUAGUUUAUUUUUGUUGUUGUUGAGAAUAUACAGAGCAGAACGUACGCCAGUUCAACAUUUCCUACAUACGCAAUGCGGUGAUGCUGGUGACAUCCUUUGAGUUGUGCAACUCUUCUCACCCUCCCUUUCUGAGUUGUCCCCCCCCCACAUUAACAUAAACUCGUUGCUUCCUAUAUUUCCUGUCUAACGUUUCCAGUUGCGUGGUUAGUCGGGUCCCAUGUAGAUAAAACCAAAACCCGCUGCCAUCGAGUCCAUUCCGACUCAUAGCGACCCUCUAGGACAGAGUAGAACUGCCCCAUAGGGUUUCCAAGGAGCGGCUGGUGGAUUCGAACUGCCGACCUUUUUAGUUAGCAGCCAUAGGACUUUAACCACUGCGCCACCAGGGUUUCCCCCAUACAGCUAGAUCUUGAAGAUGCACAAUGCUCAAGGCAGAAAUUCCUCACUAGUUAAGCUAAACUACUGUUUGGUUUUAAGAAGACUUCAAGGGGAUAUUUUUUGUUUAAAGUUUGAGGUUGAAAGAUUAUCUCCGGGCAAUGGUUUUGGGGGUUCAUCCAGCCUGCGUGGCUCCAGGAAGUCUAGAUUCCAUGAGAAUUUGAAAAUUCUGUCCUACACUUUCCCCCUUUUGAUGUUGCCUUAAUGAGAUCAUUCUGACAGUGCCUGCUCCCCACCCCCCAGGAGUUCUGUGGGAGAAAAGACCUGGUGAUUUGCGUCCUUUAAGAUUACAGCCUAGGAAACCCUAUGGGGCAACACUUUAAAGAUGUGUGGUUUAUUAUGUGUCCAUUAUACAUCAACAAAUGCUUACUAAAACAUGAUAGCAGUGAGGAUGCUGACCUGGGACUGUCCUCCAGCUACCUGUCUGUCACUGACGCUCACCUCUGCCAAGCUUGUUCCUGUUUGAGCCAGGGAGCCGGGCACCUCGAACGCGAGUAGAUACUCUCCCCAUGUCUUUGAGAUUCGGUUCCUGACCACAGUGGAGCCUCGCUGGCCAUAAAACACUCAAACCCGUUUUCCUUAGCGUUUUAGUUACCACAGGCUAUUGUAACAGCUACGACAAGGCGGUGGCUUUGAAGAACAGGAAUUUAUUUUCUCCCAGCUCUGGAGGCUAAAAGCCCGAAUCAGGGUCUCAGCUGUGUCAGUUCCUUCUGCAGCCCCUUUUCUAGCUUCUGGUGUCUGCUGGCCAUCCUUGCUGGUCUUUUGGUUGUCGACAGCCCCCAUGUGGUGUCUGUCUUCCCCUGUAUGUGUCUCUCUGUGUCUAUUCUGCUUUUUUUUUUUUUAAUAUAAGACACCACUCACAAGAGUUUAGCUUUAGGAUCUACCCUACUCUGUUAUGACCUCAUUAAUAUAAUUUUAAAAAACCCAAACCAGCUGCCUUGGAGUCGAUUCUGACUCUCGUUCACGGCAACCCUGUGUGUGCACUUCUCAAGGCUGUGACCUUUUGGAAACAGAUCACCCAGACUUUCUUCUGAGGCACGUCUGGGUGAAUUCAAACUUUCAGUUAGUAAACCGGUUGUCAUCAAGUUGAUUCUGACCCAUAGCGACCCUAAAGGUCGGAGUAGAACUUCCCCAUAGGGUUUCCAAGGUUGUUCACCUUUAUAGAAACAUACUGCCACAUCUCUGGUGGGUUUGAACCACCAACCUUUUGCUUAGCAGCUGAGCACUUAACCACUCAACUGCUUAAAUGUUCGCGCCAUCCGGGGAACACAUCGCCUAAGAAAAACAAACCCUGUUUCCUUGUAUUUAUCAAGCCUUCUCUAUGACAUUCCAGGCAAAGGGCUGAGCUCUGAGGAGACGUGAGCAAACGUAUCCACCGUGGUCCCACCCUGCUUGGGACUUGUAUUCCAGAGCAAUCCGGUGUUUCCAUGGAGCCCUGGUGGCACAGUGGUUAAGAACUACGGCUGCUAACCAAAAAGGGUCAGGAGUUCGAAUCCACCGGCCACUCCUUGGAAACCUUAUGGGGCAGUUCUGCUCUGCUCUCCAGGGUGUUAUGAGUUGGAAACAACUUGACAGCAAUGGAUUUGGUUUGGCUUUAGUUUUAGUGCUGGGUUCAUCGGCGAGCCUUAGCUGGUGCCCACGCUUAGGGAUUUUAUAGCACUGGGAUGCUGGGAAGAAGGUGGGAGAAGGGGGGCGGGGAUGGCCACAGGCUUCGCUGCGUUUGAUGAAGGGCAGGUGAUAGGAAAUAUUAUCACUAAAUCAGGUCCUGCCUGGGCUUGCUUUCUUUAUUGAAAGGUCAUGACAUUGUGGACCACGAAAAGCCCCAAAAGUUGUGUUUGUCUAACUGAGCAUUUAAGGCAGGAGAGGUUAUCUGUGAUUCCCGGAAGCAACCCACUUACAGACCAAAGCCAGCGUUUGAUGAAAUUCCACGAGGGGUUCUGCUGCUGCCCGAAGGCUGGUUAGUUGCAGCCACCCUGUGGGGUUGGUGGUGACCCAUGCUGACCCUCAGCACACUAACCAUGCCAUCCUGGUCCACCUGCAGGCACACAGGUGAGCUUCUGUCCUGACACCAUCCAGUACAUUUCUUAGCUGCACCCAGGAGGACGCCGACCUCUUUAACG